AUGGGCAUCUGCACGGAGUCUGAAAGGGUCAUUUACACCUGUGAUGCCCAGACAAAUUCCAUCAAGAUUUGCACUAAAAUGGUCGAGUACGCCAAAUUUCUCAACUCCGUUGGUCAGCUUUUUGACACCUUUUCCAUCCAUUGUAAAGGAACAGGUUACUCUGUUAAGUCUGCAGAUGAAGCGCUCUCCCUUGUCCGCCAGUGUAAAGAGCUACUAGAGAGGAACACCAACGAGAUCCGAAUGAGUACUGGCAUUACAAGCGCUAUUAAUGGACCUCAGGGUCAUGUUUCCGCCAGGACCGUGGUCUCAGUUGCACUUCUUGAAUGGGGGCUGCAGAGAUUGUACAGCAAUUUGCAACCAUUUAAUUAA